CUUCGACGAGCGGGCACUCUCAGCCUUUCGUGCAGCUCACUCACGUUCGUGUGCGGUAUUGCUGCUUCUUCACCUCGCUGGAGCUUCUCGCUUGCAGUAUCGUAUCGGGCAUCAUCUUGUGCGUCUCACGCAGUUGAUUAAACUCUUCGCACUCUCUGUGGGUCUCAGCAACCCCCCGCGAUCGAAUGUUACGUGCUCGCCGCCUCGUGACGCUAUGGCAGCGUGCACAGCCCGCCACAGACGCAAGUCUGCAGCGCCUGAGCAUGCGUCUUGCCCGUGUGAACGCUGCGCCUGCCUCAGUCCUGCAGCGUCGCUGGAUGUCCUCUGAGGGCAUGAACAACGUGCCGUUCGAGACGGACGAAAACAUGACCAAGCUACUGGCCGAACUGGACACGUACCGCGAGACCGGCAAGUGGCGCCAGGCACUUAAGCUACUGGACCGCGUGGACAAGGAUGACGCGUUGCCGGCACUGGAUCCUGCAAUGUAUGAACGCGCCAUCGCCGCCUGCGCGCGUAUGGGCAAGGUGGAGGUGCUGCCGGGCCUACUGAACAACAUGCUGGUGGACGACCUCACGCCCACGAGCGCCACCAUGGACUUUAUCAUCCAGGCUUAUCUGGCCAAGGAGCAUUGGGGGCUCAUCGUACAGCUGGCCAGUGAAGCCACCGCCUUGGGCGUGCAGCUGUCGCCCGCCGCCUUCCACGCCAUCAUGGAGGCUUGCGGACAGGUCAAGGACGCUGACAGCACCCUGAGUAUCAUGAAUCAGCUUAGUGAGGCUGGCAUGGAGCUAACUGCAGACCACUACGCAGCUGCUAUCCGUGCUGCGGGCAUGGGAAAACGCCCAGACACGGCAAUGGCGCUGUUCGUACAGAUGGAGGAGCAAGACGGACUAAAGGACAACGGAGAGGCCUUCAGCCAGCUGAUCCGCGCUCAAGUACUCAAUGGAGAGCUGGAACAGGCGCUCCAGAGCUUUGCCACCGUCUCACAACGCGGGGUAACCUUGGACGAACCCAUUUACACAUGCACGAUCGACUCGCUCGUGUCGAACGGUAAACACUGGCAGGCCACGCGGUUGUUCGAACAGAUGCUUGAGGGCGGUGAGAAGCACCCGAGUGUCUUCUGUCUGGGCCGUGCGAUGUUGGCGUACACGGGCGCGAACCGCAGUCAGCACGCUUGGGCGUGUUGGAACAAGAUUAUCGAGAUCAACGAGCCCAACCCCGUCCCGAUGAAGUACAACAAGAUGUUACAGGGAUUGACGCACGUUAGGGACACACAACUCGCAGUUAAAGUGUUCGACCACAUCCAGACUCUAUUCGAGCCCGGCCAGAUCCACCAGGGAGCUUAUACAACCGCAAUUCGCGCUCACGGACGACUGGGUAACACACAGAGGGCCGUGGAUCUGUUCGACGAGUACGUCGAAAGCUGCAAGGACACCCGUCGCGUGUCUCGCUUUGUUGGCAUCUACUUGGCUCUAUUCAAUGCGCUGUCUCGAGAUACUGUGCGUGAUCCAGCGCUAAACACACGUGACGCUAAACGUGCAUGGAGAAUUAUGUCUGUGAAUGUGCCAGUCGUUCUACCGCCUGCGUACGCGAGUCUCGCCGGUGUGUUUGCUAGUACCGGCGAGAUGGAGACGCUGGAGGAGCUGAUCGAACACGCCGAGCGGAGCUGGGGCGCCUCAUCUGAUGUGAUGCAGCAGGAAGAAGUGGACGAAGAUGGCGACGAAUUGGAAGCUGUUGCGGUCUUUGAAGGCGAAGAGGCCGAUCUCGGCAGCGACAACGAUGUGCUUCUGUUCAACGGCGUCAUCAGCGGCUUGUGUAAGGCGCGUGACGACCAAACAGCCAACAUUGAGGCGUAUCUGGACAUGAUGGUGUCACGUGGACUGCCGAUCACAGACUCGAUCGUACGCGCGACCACAGACGCCUGUAUCCGCUUUGAGAACUGGGAGCUCAUGCGCAACUUGAUGAAGAUGCUGGAUGUCGACGCAUUGCAGAACUCCGAAGUGUGCACAGGAGACACGGUGUCGAAGCUUUUGGACGCUGGCAAGUGGAGUCUGGGGCGCGAAUGGCUCAUGUUCUGCCAUCGUCAUGGUCUGCAUCCGCCGGUCCGUCGCAAAAUGGAAUUACUGCGAGAAAUGCGCGAAAACAAGAGCAAGGAGUGGCGGAUCGCGUACUCUUUAGCCACCGAGACCAUGUCGUUCCGUCGUCUAGUGCAGAACAAUGUGGAUAGCGUCGCUGAUGCAGCUGAAGUGUGCAGGAACGCCGAUCGCAUGGACCUGGUUAUCAAGCUCUUCGAUGCUGCUGCAGGUCACUCUUCACUACGAUUUUUCCGCAAUCACCAACGUCAAGUACAAGCAGGACGAGAGGCGUCGCAGCCCUUGAAAUUGAACGUGGAGCCUGUGGUGGUUCCUCUCAGUUUGUACAAGAACGCUAUUCUCGCUUUACUUCGACAGCCAAAGACUGAUGCUGUGGAUGUAGACGACAGCUGGCGGAUGAACAAGGCUGAGCGUAUCUGCAGACAAAUGCUAGAGGUGCAUGGGAAGCACUUGGACGGUGAAGCUCUGUCCAUGGCCAUCUCAAUCAAGGCCACUGCGGGAGACCAUGACGAUGUAGGAGCGCUGUACGAGUCGAUGCGUGCUCUCGGACUUGAGCCCAACUCGUACGCUCAAAACGCAGCCAUUAUCGCGUUUUCUCGUCAGCGUCGCACGGAUCAAGUGCUGGCGAUUCGCGACGAGCUCAUGAGCAAUCGUGACGAGGACGGGCAGAUCAAAACGGUCGAGUCGAACGUGGCCAGGUCUUUGCUGUUAUCUCUCGCUCUUGCACAUGAAGACAACGCUCUUCAUGACGCUGUACAGAACCUGCCAGGCUGCACGAUGGAGAUGGCGUUGGAUGUGCUUAUGAACACAAACAGGAGCACAGAUGCAGUGGAAUUCUUCAACGAGAGCGCGUCUUCCAAGACGUUUGAGUCGCUCUUCCACCAGCUCUGCCAGUCUGGUAACCCUGUACUGGGCGCAACGCUUUUGCUCAAGCAUUCGCGUCUCCACGGAUUAAACCAAGUGCAUCCGAACCGUGUGAUCCGCGUGACCAACGCGCUGAUCGAGAAGGGGAACCUCAUAGAGGCAGAGAAGCUGUUGCAGAUGUACGUGGAUGGCACCAACGGGGUGUCUUUGAAGCAAAUGCCACCAUACUUUCAGCAGCACACGAUGGAGAUGCUGUUGUUCAUCUACGGCGAAUUCGGCCAUUUCGAUGCCAUGCGCUCGCUGUUCGAGAAGGAAUUGCUGGCGUUCCCUCUUGAAGUUGCUCACUAUGAGGCCGCGAUGGAGUACUGCGCUGAGUCUCGUGACGAACUGGCCGGUGCUGUGGCUAGUCUGAAGCUGUUCGAGCUGCUCCGCACUCAUGGUUUCAUCCGACCAAGUGGUUACACGUAUCUGCUGACAUUGCAAAGCUGUCUGCGACUGGAGCGUCUGGAGCCUGCGAAUGCUUCUGCUGUUAAGUCCACGGGUCAGAUCAUUCUGGACGACGUACGGGAGCAUGGAUUCCAGGACGGUGUUGUUGAAGAACUGGCUAAGCAAGUGACGUCUGCGAUUGAGCGCGUGCAAGUGAAGAACAAGAAGAUCAUCCGUCGUAUCAAUAAGGAGGGAGAAUCGACGGACUCCAGUGUCUUGAGCGCAGAGGAACUUGCUCGCAUUGCACUCUUCUGUCAUCGCCACGGAAUGCCCAUGACGACGGCUCUGGUUAACGACUUGUUGAAGCUGCACCAGCAUCUGCCGACUGUCAUCUCGAACGAGUUGGCUUUUGUUAAGCGUUCGCUUGAGGAGGGACUGGGUGUGGUUGCUGCUCCAGGCUCCAGCAUCCCAUCGAAGCGUGUGGUUAAGACCAAGAAGACUGUCACCUCAAAGACGAAGCGUGUACCUGCUUCGUUUGCACCGAAAAGUGGUUUGAGACGUCCGCGCAGUAAGAGCUAUGAGGCGGCAGUGCGCGCUGCUACCGAUGCUCGCUGGGGUGUGGUCCUCGAACCCAUUGCGACGGACAAGGACUGAUCACAACCAGACUGCAGAUAUGUAUUUACACACCUAGAGACCAGCAAUAAAACCGUUUGGACAUUUCCCCAUCAUUUACGAAAGUUUUUACACUUUAGCUGAUGCAGCGUAAUACGCCCU